AUGGAUCUCUGGUAUUGUGAGAAAGAAAUUGAAAGUGCCGAUCGAAUGAUUGAGCAAUGGAAAACCGAGAUUGGCGAAGGCUUUGAUGUAAAUUUCAUGCGUUUUGAACUUCUUUCUGAAAGCUUGAAACAUAUUCAAAGAGAGGACGAAUUUCUCAAUCUCUCGAACAAUGGUUACUGUGAUGAUGAUGAGGAAUGUGAUGACGAGGAAGAAUGUGACUAUGAAGAAUACGAAUACUCUCGAGACUGUGCAACUCCGAUUAGUCCUGCUGCCUGUGAAUACUUUAGCUUUGUGAGUGAAUGCAGUGACGAUGAGGACGAGGACGAAUAUUACAGCGACGAUGAGGACGACGAAGAAGACUUCGAAGAGGAGGAUAAUUGCGUUUACGACAACAUGGAUACCGUCUCCGUUAUCUGUGACCAAAACCACCCGAAUGGCAAUUCAAUUGAAGACACCACUGCGGAUAAUUCCGAAAAGGGUCAUCCACACCAAGAUGCAAGCAACAAACACAUGAAAACAUUCUCUCGAGAUUUGAUCCAUGACGAAUACAUUGGUGGAUUGUUACAUGAAUUUGGUCCAUGUUCUACACAUUCAAAUACAGCAUCCAACAAGUUGCAAAUGGAUGACCAUGAAGAAGGACAAGAAGAAGAGCCAUCAUCACCACAACCAAUCAUGAUUUCGAAUUGUGACACACUCAGUGAACAAGAAAUGAGCAGUAUCAAUAGUAGUGACAACGAAACCUCUCAUUCAUGCAUUGUUAACAAUAAACAAACAGUAGAUUUCUCAAAACAUCAACAGGUGAUCUUUGAAUAA